AUGGCUUCAUCUAAUGUGGACUCUUCUGAGCCCCGUAUUUCCAGAGAAAGCUCUUUGAAGAGGUCUCUAUCUAUUUCAAAGUCGUUAAAAGGGUUGUUCAAGUCAGGAGGGGGAAACGCCAAUACUGGCCCUACUACUGCUGCUGCUGCUGCUGCACCAUCUAGUAUCAGUACUCCGGAAGUCCCCACCUUGGCCACUAAAGAUAAACAGGAUAGAUUGAAGAAUUUAGCUGCUAAUAAAGAAAAAGAGUUGCAGACCAGUCGGAGAGGUGUAGCGUCACCGAGCCUCUCUCCUACAAGACAUGUUAGUUUAUCCAAUCUUGCGAAAUUGUCGCUCACAUCUAGAGCAGGUACUGGACAAGUGGAUCCAAACGUCAUACACGAGACAAGUCCGCUGGCGUCGGAUGAGGAGUCGACAGACCUGGCUUUCGGGAAGAGGCAAAGCUCAUCGAAUAGAUCGUCAUCCUUUUCAAAUGAGGAGCAAGAGCCAAAUAAUAAAUAUCCACUACUAGAAAAACUAAUGGGCGAUUUGGAUGAGAUGGUAUGCGGUAGUAUUGAUACACAGCUUUCAAAAUCUCCUGACACCGUAGAAGCUUCGUCACUGAGAAGAUCGAGAUCAACGCAACGGAAGAGACUGAACUCGUUUUCACUACGUCCAAGGGCAUUGUCUAAUCCUGGUCAAAAUCCCAAUCAUCCAGUCGAGAAUAGAGAAAGGUCUAAUACAUCAAGUAUUGAUCUGCUUAUGAGCCACGAGUCUGAAUCUAGAGCUAUUUACAAGUCGGAUCAGUUUAGUGUCUAUCCUGAUGGCCAUCAUGCUCACCACUUGAAAGUGGUGCCUAUAGUACAUGAUUUAGAGCAAUCUUUGAACAAACCUAAGAGCUCGUUUUCAUUUUCUGGUUUUUUUAAGACUCACCGUACCAUUGCCGAUGAUGGAGAGAAUUUGGCGACAGCAUUGUCGUUAUUGCCAGCAAACCGGUUUAGUUUCCACAAGAGACUCAGUCAGAUAAUAGACGAGGAAAACGGUAAUCAUAAUGCGGAUGAGGAACUUGAGCAUAAUGGAAAUAAUGGUGUUGAUUCCGAUUCAGAUGCGGAUUAUGACAACCAGUCCUCUGGAAAUUCGAACCCAUCUGAUGACGAAUCCGAAUCUGAUGAAGAUGGUUAUAAGGGACCAAAUAAAUCAGCCAAUGUACCAAAGAUUGUUAACGAAAAAUCCGUCAUUGGUGCUAACGAAUUGAAACUGAUAAACCAAUUAACCGAAAAGAUCGAUAACGGAUUUUGUUUGAAGGGCUCUAAGUCUGAUGCAGUUUCCUCCAAUGAACCUUCUUCUGCUCCACGAAAGCAGCAUUUAUGUGAGAAAUACGGGAAGUCGAUCGGUAUCAUUGGACAAGGUGCCUAUGGGGUUGUAAAACUAUGCUAUAAAUUUAUUGACCCAGAUGAACCUGAUCUGAAAGAUAAUACAUAUUUCCAUGAUAACAAGUUAUUCUAUGCGGUAAAAGAACUGAAGCCAAGACCUGAUGAGCCUCCAAAGAAGUUUAGCACAAGACUAACCUCAGAAUUUGUGAUAGGAUUAUCGUUGAGUGGUGGUAACAAAAGCAGAAGAUCUUCGGCAAGAACACAUCCUAACAUUUUAAACGUUAUUGAUUUAAUGCAAACACCUAACGCAUUUUAUGAAGUAAUGGAAUUUUGCCCUUCAGGUGAUCUAUACAGCUUGAUUACAAGAAGCUCAAAAUCUGAUUCAGUUUUACAUCCAUUAGAAGCAGAUUGCUUCAUGAAACAACUACUACAUGGUAUUCAAUACAUGCAUGCUCACGGUGUAGCUCAUUGUGAUAUUAAACCAGAAAACUUGCUAUUUCUCCCUACAGGUGUAUUAAAAAUAUGUGAUUUUGGUACAAGUUCUGUGUUCCAAACAGCCUGGGAAAAGAAAGCACAUUUCCAAACCGGACCAGCAGGAUCUGAGCCUUAUGUUGCGCCUGAGGAGUUUAUUCCAAAACAACAAUACGAUCCAAGACUAGUUGAUUGCUGGAGCUGUGGUAUUAUCUACUGUGUUAUGGUUUUAGGCCAUUAUUUAUGGAAAAUUGCUAUCAAAGGCAAGGAUUCAGUAUAUGACGCAUUCCUCGAGGAUAUGGAAAAACAUGGACAAUAUUAUGUAUUUGACGAAAUGAAACAUGUGUCUCCAGGUAUGAACCGGUACAGAACUGCUGCACUUUAUCAUAUCUUCCAAGUUGAUCCGAAUAAAAGGAUAACGGUGGAUUCAUUGCUAAAAAGUUCGUGGAUGAAGAGGACAAAAUGCUGCGUUACAUAUCCACCAAGGCCGGUGUAA